UGAGCGAGUUUUCAAACCUGACGUCUAAGUAUAGUGAUCCACCUAAACUUUUGAAUGUAUAUUCAAGGAUAAAAAAAUAAAAAAAUGUGUUAGCUUGGUAGUUAAACUUACCAGGAGUUUUAUCGGCAGCUCUUGUCACUCUCCAGUGCCAAACCUGGUUAGCUACGUGGCUAUGAACAAGUCGGAUGAGGAAGAGAGAAGAGGAAGGCGGAAAAGCUAACUCACUCAAUUCAACAAACAACAUUUUUUUUUUUAAUUCACCCACCUCUAAAAACGUGCUGUUAUUUUUCCUGAGACGGGUCGACCUUCUGACUUGCAUCACAACUCGACCAGAUUUCCUGCGAAGCUCCAUCUUCAACUUUUGCUAACUUACAGCCUCAGAAAGAGCCAAAGUCACAACAGUUAGCCUAGCAUGCUAACGUGAAUGUUUUCGCGCAAAAAAAAAAAAAGAAUUUGUUUGUAAAUUUAGCAAAAAAUAACUAGUUUGUAAACUAUCCUACUACGCAUUGCACCCACCGGUAACUUAUUUUUGUUUUACAUUUAGGUGUGUUAGCAAAAACUUAAGACACCACAAACACAAUAAAUUGAAAUAACCGCGAUUUCCUGUCUUUGAUGAUGGGUUGGUGGUAACCAUCGCAACAACACAAAACAUGACAUCUCGAGGCAUUGGCGGGCAAAUCUGCCCCCUGCUGGUUUACAAAUUAAACUGCACCUCAGCGAAAUGUCCACUAAAUCACAACGCACCACCAGGGGGCGUCGUCGAGUCAACGACAAAAAAAAAAAAAAAACACUGGGUGACGAUGACGGCCAAAGACGAUUCAGUCAAAGAUGGCGUCUCUUCUGCAACCCGACAGGGUUCUCUACCUUGUUCACGGAGAGAAAAAAAUCCGCUCGUCGUUGUCUACACUUUAUUUUUGCCGGUAUUGCAGUGAAUUGUGUUCCUUAGAAUGUGUGUCUCACGAGGUGGACUCCCAUUACUGUCCGAGCUGCCUGGAGAAUAUGCCUUCAGCGGAGGCAAAGCUGAAGAAGAACAGGAAGAGGAUAUGCAACCAGCUGAACGAAAACUUCAGGUGUGCCAACUGCUUCGACUGCCCGUGCUGCAUGCACACCCUGUCCACCCGGCCAACCAACAUCCCAGCCCCUCUUCCCGACGACCCCAGCAAGACGACCAUGAAGAAGGCCUACUACCUGGCCUGUGGCUUCUGUCGCUGGACAUCCAGAGAUGUGGGCAUGGCUGACAAGUCUGUGGCCAGUGGAGGAUGGCAGGAGCCGGACAACCCUCAUUCUCAACGGAUCAAUAAACUGAUAGAGUAUUACCAGCAGCUGGCCCAGAGAGAGAAACUGGAGAGGGACAGGAAGAAGCUGGCCAGGAGACGACCCUAUAUGCCUCUGGCCUUCUCGCAACACACUAUUCAUGUGGUGGAGAAGUAUGGUCUGGGUACCAGACUACAGAGACAGAGACCUGGAGCUCCUAUCACCAGUCUGGCUGGUCUUUCUCUGAAGGAAGGUGAAGACCAAAAGGAGAUUAACAUAGAGCCAGCCCAGGCCUUAGACGAGGUGGAACCACUGCCUGAAGACUACUACACUAGACCCAUCAACCUACCCGAGGUAACAUCCUUGCGUCAGCGGCUGCUCCAGCCUGACUUCCAGCCAGCCGGAGCCUCUCAGCUCCACCCCAAACACAAACACCUGUUGAUCAAGCGCUCUCUGCGAUGCAGGAAAUGUGAGCACCAUCUGAGCAAGCCAGAAUUCAACCCAACUUCAAUAAAGUUCAAAAUCCAGCUGGUGGCUGUGAGUUACAUCCCCGAGGUCAGAAUAAUGUCCAUUCCAAACCUGCGCUUCCAGAAGGAGUGCCAGGUGCUGCUCACCCUGACCAACCCUGUGGAGAAUAUUACCCACGUCACCCUGGUGGGCUGUGAGGAAGGAGACCCAGAGGACAUCAACAGCACUGCGAAGGUGAUGGUUCCUACCAAGGAGUUGGUCCUGGCAGGGAAGGAUGCUGCAGCAGAUUACGACGAGUUGGCCGAGCCACAGGACUUCAAGGACGACCCAGAUGUGGUGGCCUUCAGGAAAUCCAAUAAGAUCGGUUUCUUCAUCAAGGUGGUCCCUCAGUGCGAGGAGGACGGGGAUGUCACCGUGUCCUUUAAGAUCCGCCACGACUUCCGGAAUUUGGCGGCUCCCAUAAGGCCCAGCGAGGAGGACGAUGCCCCAACCGAGGCAAUAUGGCUCACACACCACGUAGAGCUCAGCCUGGGGCCGCUCGUAGCGUGAAGUUACACACACACACACACACACACACACACACACACACACACACACACACACACACACACACACACACACACACACACACACACACA